GGGCGGGCCGGGCCCCGCGGAGAGGAACCGGGCGCGGCGGGACGCUGAGACUCGCCGUCCCGCAAGGGCCAUGCAGCUCCUGCCGCUGCUCGCCUGGGCGCUGCUGCCAGGCUGCCGGGCGUGGGUGAGCGGUCCCAGCACCGUGUGGGGAGUCCUGGGGGGGUCCGUCUCGGUGAACUGCACGUACGAGCUCGGCGAUGAGAUGGAGCCGAAAUUCUGGUGCUAUCCGGGAACAGUUUUCACUUGUGCUGGUGGUGAUUAUACCAUCAUCACCUCGGAGGACAAGCCCAUGGUGCGGCAGGGCCGACUCUCCAUCCAGGACAAUCGUGCACAGCGGGUGUUCACGGUGACCAUGGAGGAUCUGAGGAAGAAGGAUGCGGGCACCUACGUCUGCGGGGUGCGAACGGGCUCAUUCCAGUCUGAUAAGAGUCACAGUGUGAAGGUGUUUGUGUCCCCAGCAUCGCCCUAUUCCCCGACCACCAGCCCCCCCGAUCUCAGGAGCUCUGUAUCAGCCCCCACACAGACGACUCCCCAGGAUAAAGCUGUGCAUCCAGCAUCGACUUCCUCCCUCCCCCACGGCUCCAGUCAUCCCCACUUCAACGUGGUUGAGCACAUGCUCGUUCCAACCAUUGUAGUGGUUCUUCUUUUGCUUGCGGUUGCUGCUGGAUUUUUGGUGAUGCUGUCCAGGAAGAGGAAAAAGGCCUUCUCCAGUGCAGCUGUAGAGAUGGACGGGAUACCCAACGCGUCACAUACAGGAGCGGGCACCUUGAACUACGUGGACAUUAACCACCAGGCGGGCACGGCCGAGAGCCAGUUGUACAGCAACGCCGAGGCGUUCCGCUCCUCCGCAAACACUGCCACCGAAUACAUGGAGGUCAAGCAGAACCAUGAGCGUUUGGAAGAGGAAAAAGAAGCUAUAUACAGCAAAGUGCAGAAAUCCAAGCCCGAAGAGCAGGAGAUCUACGUCAACGUGUCAUCAGCCCCACUGCCCAAAGAAGAGCUCUACAGCACAGUGCAGAGGGAGUGAGCCAGCAGCUUGCCCCGUGGGCUGCUCCUGUGGCCACCAGUGCCAGUGGGACACGCUCGGAGGGUCAGGCUGGCUUCCUGCUCGGGUAGGAGCUGGCUGGACAGUGGAGCUGCUGCUCUCGUAGGCUUGGACAUUUCCUUGGGGCAACCUCAAAGAGCAUGAGGUUGAGCAGAAGGCAUGGAUGAAAAGGAUGAAGGAUGAGGAUGAAAUAACCCCCCCUUCAUUUGGAGACCUCUCCUGUACAGAAAUGGUGCUGGGAAUAAAAAAAAUGCCCCUUGCAAUGGGGUAGCCCAGGCCAGAGACCGGCCAGGCAGGGUGUGGAAGAGCCCGGCAGUGGGUGGGCUGCCUGGAUCCAUGCACCCGGUGCCCACCUCACUUGGCCCUUUUGGCUGGGUUAUUCAGGUGGGCCUGAGCUCCCAAACCUGCUGGUCUCCUCAGACUGACUUUUUUCAUGCCGAGCUGGGAAGCAGGACAGUGAGAAAUGUUAUAUCCGAAUGGAUGUGUGGUAUCCAAAUCCUGCCUCCCCAUGCAAAUAGGGUCUCGGUGCAAACGGGAUGGCAGAGCUGCUCCUGUCCCUCCUGCAUGGCUGCUGGGAAGGGACCCAGCAACCCCCUGGGUUGAGAGAGACCCCCAAACCCCCUGGUCCCACAGCCCCCAGAGAGGUUGGUCCUGCUCUCUCUCCCCUCCACCACCCCCAAGGACCCCCCAGCCGGGAGCACAGGGACAGGCUGUGACCGUGACCCUGCUCUUCUCUGCUUUGCUGAUAAUUUAUUUCCUGGCUAAAUAUAUUCAGUGUAAAGUAUCGCUCCUUUAUCAGUGACGGCAGCUGAGAAGCUGAGAGGAUCUGAGAAUCUGAUAGGAUCUAGCGUCGCCGUAUUUGGCUGUAUUUGUACAGCAUUUUUUCAACUCACUACAGAGGUUUUUGCAGAGUGUGACCCCAAAAGCGUGUCUGGCCAGGAGGACUCCAGCAGCGUGGGAACCCAGAUCUUUAAGGGGAAGGACUCUGCUGCUCCACCACGGACCAGUUGGUCCUUCCUCUUUCCCAGCCCCACCACCCGAGUGUAUUUCAAGGCUUCAUUUCGAGAGAAUUCCUUAGCUUGGUUAACCGCUGCGAAGUUUCGUUUCAGUAUUUUUGUAAUUAUUUUAUUCGAGAAACCACGUGGAACAUCCCUGCUCAGUCAGAACCAAAAGCAGCUGGAAGUAAACGUCCGUGGUACAAGUUGUGGUUAUUCCUAUAGGUUAUUCCUUUAUAAAGUUAUAUUUCUAUAUA